AAAGAAGUGCGAAAAUAUCGGAGCAAAUAUUUUGUGAACCGUUGGAUGGUCAAAUUGGAGGGAUCGAUUGGGUUAAAAGGCGGGAAUCGAUGUAUCACUGUUCAGUCUGUUCUUACUCCUUAGGCGCCAAGUAAAUUCCUCAUAUUCAUUCGUUCAUCUCUCUCACUGUUCUACUUUUUUCCGUUGGAAAUUUUUGUUCCGAUUCCAGAAAUCUGUGCAAUGGGAAGAGGAAAAUUGAGCUUGAAUCUGAUUCCGAAUCGGAAAUCUCGAAUCUCGACGUUCAAGAAGAGGAAGAACAGUUUGAUGAAGAAGGCUUACGAGCUCUCCACCCUUUGCGACGUUCAAACGUGCGUUCUCGUCCAUGGCCCUGCUUCUUUGCCCACUGAAGAUCCUUCCCAAUCUGACCUUGAAUUUCACACUUGGCCUUCCGAUCGCACUCACCUUGAAGCUAUGAUUCGAGCCUACAAAACCACCCGCUCCUGUAAUUUCCAGAAAUGCAAGUGUUUCGGUUUGACUGACUAUUUCUCGGAUCGGAAGAGGAAAAUCGAAUCAGAGACGUGUAAGCUCCGUGAGAAAUUCAUGUGCCCUAAGUGGGAUGAGUGGCUUGAUCGUUUGUCGGAACACGAAUUGAGAGAAUUCAUGGAAGGACUGGAUGCGAAAAUUGAAGCCGCCAAUGGAAUGAUCGAUUUCAUGGAAUUAGCCGAUCACGAAAAUCUGUUUGGGGAGUUGUGUUCGGAAAAUUCAGUUCAAAUGGGAGAGGAUUCCAUUCCUCAAGUAUUGAUUCCGUCUGUUGAUGACUUGUUUGCGACUGGGGCUAACCAUACUGAAGAAGAUGUGAUGGCCUUGGAUGAGAUCGAUAAUAUUAGGUAUCUUCAAAUGCUGUUGGGGGAAGAGGAAGAAGACAACUACAUGGCUCAUUAUGCAAAU